AUGAAGUUGGCCGGCCUUGUCACUGCACUCUUCGCCGCGGGUGGCCUCGCCACCCAGAGCUGCCCAAGCAACCCCCCCGUCACCGGGCCCAACACCAGCGCACCCGUCGUUCCCGCCGUAUGCAAGACGGUCAAUCCCGUCUGCACCAGCUACCAGGAGAAGCUGUACCACAUGAAGAUGUACUACAACCGCAAGAACGGCACCACUCCCGAAGAGUUCAACCGCUACUGGGCCUAUGAGCACGGCAAACUCACCCAGCAGUUCCAUAUCCGCAUCGGCGUCAUCAAGUACAUGCAGUACCAUUCUACUCCCGAGUUCCGCGACCAGGGCAAAGUCGAUGGUGCCCCGCCAAUUCUCGAGUAUGACGGAUCUUCAGAGUACUGGGCCCGUGACACGCAGACCUUUAUGAACAUGCUGUCGGAUAAAGAGUACCAGACCAAGAUUGCGCCCGACGAGGCCAACUUCCUCGACCCCCAGUCCGUUCGGCUGAUCAUUGGCGUCGACUACGUUGUCGUGGAGAACCAGAACGCCGUCACCGAACAUGGCCGAACCUUUUAA